AUGGCUAACCCCAAGGUCUUCUUCGAUAUCUCUGCCAACGGCGAGCCCCUCGGCAAGAUCGUCAUGGAGCUGCGCAAGGACGUCGUCCCCAGGACGGCCGACAACUUCCGCGCCCUCUGCACUGGCGAGAAGGGAUACGGCUUCCAGGGCUCGUCCUUCCACCGCGGCACUGGAGGCAAGUCCAUCUACGGCGAGAGCUUUGCCGACGAGAACUUCACCCUGAAGCACACCGGACCCGGCAUCCUCUCCAUGGCCAACGCCGGCCCCAACACCAACGGCUCCCAGUUCUUCCUCUGCACUGCUACCACCGGCUGGCUGGAUGGCAAGCACGUUGUUUUCGGCAAGGUCGUCGAGGGCAUGGAUGUCGUCAAGAAGAUUGAGAAGUUCGGCAGCGAUUCGGGAAGGACCUCGAAGAAGAUUGUUGUCGACGCCUCUGGCGAGUGCUAA